GGCUCGUGAAGGGCGUGGUAGCACAGUAAAGGUGCCCAGAGAGUAGCGAGCAGUGGUCGACUGAGAGUGGUUAGGGUUAGGGUUAGGGUUUGGGUUUGCUAUCGAUCCACAAUAAUUAUAUACCUCUCAUUCGUCAUCAACAUCAUCCUCGUCGUCCUCUACGCUCUCCAAAUCCAUCCAUUUCCUCAUCGUUUCUCCAGAGCCUUUUUGUUGGCGGGUCUAGUUAGCCUAAAUUAGAUGGAUCAGUAUGAAAAAGUUGAGAAGAUUGGUGAAGGAACUUAUGGUGUGGUCUAUAAGGCUCGGGAUCGUGCGACAAAUGAAACUAUAGCUUUAAAGAAAAUUCGCUUGGAGCAGGAAGAUGAGGGUGUGCCAAGCACGGCCAUUAGAGAAAUCUCUCUCUUGAAAGAGAUGCAGCAUGGGAACAUUGUCAGGCUACAAGAUGUGGUGCACUGUGAGAGGCGUUUGUAUCUGGUUUUUGAGUAUCUGGACUUGGAUUUGAAGAAACACAUGGACUCAUGCCCAGACUUCUCUAACGAUCCACGUCUUAUAAAAACGUUUCUGUACCAAAUUCUUCGUGGUAUUGCUUAUUGUCACUCUCAUAGAGUUCUUCACAGAGAUCUGAAACCUCAGAACUUGCUGAUAGAUCGCCGUACAAAUUCACUAAAACUUGCAGAUUUUGGAUUGGCCAGAGCAUUUGGUAUUCCAGUCAGGACAUUUACACAUGAGGUGGUGACUCUGUGGUAUAGGGCACCUGAAAUUCUUCUCGGAUCCCGCCACUACUCAACUCCCGUGGAUGUGUGGUCUGUGGGAUGUAUAUUUGCUGAGAUGGUGAAUCAGCGUCCGCUCUUUCCUGGGGACUCUGAGAUUGAUGAACUAUUUAAAAUCUUCAGAAUUUUGGGCACCCCAAAUGAGGAUACAUGGCCUGGUGUGACUACAUUGCCUGAUUUUAAAUCUACCUUUCCAAAGUGGCCUCCUAAGGACUUGGCAACUGUGGUUCCAAAUCUUGACUCAGCUGGUGUUGAUCUUCUUAAGAAAAUGCUUUGUUUGGAUCCAAGCAGAAGAAUUACAGCUAGAAGUGCCCUCGAACAUGAAUACUUUAAUGACAUUGGGUUUGUACCUUGAUUCUCCGUAUCUGUCCUGCUGGCUGCAGAAGUGUAUAGCAAUAUAUAGCAUUCUGUGGGUUCUUAGACUGAGAACGAGAACUGGGUGUGAUUUUCUGCUCUUCUAAUUCAAAAUUACAUUGAAAUAGUUUUUGACACAGCCGUUGUGGAAUUGCCUAUCUCAUUGUCGUUUUCAAGUCAUAAAGAUAGAUGUCGGCGGGAAGUUGUUUACUUUCUUUGUAGCAUCAUGCCUCGCCAGACAUCCUUGUUUCCCUUCCCCCCCGAGUGGAAAGAAUUGGCUUGGCUUUUA